AUGUCAGGAAUGUAUGAACGACGGAUUGGAGCAUCAGUUCUAUCAGCGCCUUAUGUGGGAGAGGAACAAAUAGAAUUCAACGAAAUUGAUCAGAAUGACGCAAGCUCGUUGAACGCAUCAAUUCAAGAAGUGAGAAGGGAACAAACAAGUAUAGGAAAUAUGCCGAAGAAAAUCUGGCAUGCGAGGUAUCAAAAUGAAACGUCCAACGAGAGAUAUCAAAAUGAAACGUCCAACGAGAGAUAUCAAAAUGAAACGUCCAACAUCCAAACAAUCGAAAGGAAACAGUCCAAAGGAAACAAAGAUAGCAUCAAAAGGAAACAUCCAGGGCGCGGGACUCAUACAGGUGAAAAGCGGUUCAAAUGCGAAACAUGUCUGGUGGGCUUCGCUCAUUCAUCGCGUUUGCAUAAACACAUGAAAACUCAUACGGGUGAAAAGCCGUUCUCUUGUUCGAAAUGCAAGAUGAAUUUCACCGCGAAAGAGAGUCUGAAUAGACAUAAGAAGAUUCAUAGUGACUCAUGACAGUGAUAGGCCCAGAUUUAACUGCACUGCAUGCGAUAAAGCAUUCGUGACGGAUUAUUAUAGAAAAAAACACAUGGAGAAUUGCGUGCAGAAUGA